AUGCAUUUCUUUUGUGUCCUUCUCGGAUUCUUUGCCAUCAUUCAAAGGUCUCUCGCGAGCUAUCCACCUAAUGGCUACCAGCAAGACGAGAACUCAGAGCUUAACGGUUACUCAAAUGAUGGUACUGAACAGUUCCCAACACUGAUCGGUUCACCACCAUCCACCAUGCAAUCUGCACCAACCAUGGGCGUGUCACCCACCGUUCAAAAUAUUCUUGUACCGCUUGGUAUGUACUAUCGCCCUCAUUCGAGUCUUCGUAACCUUGUGGGGGCGUACAGCAGAGAAAGCGGACAACUCACUGACGUCUCACUCAGCAUUCCACUUCGUCGAGCACGUGCACGUGCACGUGCUCGAGCUCGUGCUCGUAAACUUGCUGCUAUGAGAGCGGCUCGCAUGCGUAAAAAUCUCAGGAAGCAUCGGAAGAAUAUCAAGCACUGA